AUGAAGCAGGGUCAUACCGAUAAGGAAACUGGCGACAAUGCCAUCGCGCCGGCACCUUCUCAUGUGGCUUAUGAGCACCAGGAGGGAGACAAGUCGGCCAACGGAUAUGCUGAUGCUCAAGCGAUCUAUGUUGACGACAAGACAAGCAAGGAGCUUUUCUGGACAGUUAACAGACGAAUCCUGGCUUGUAUGCUGGGCACAUACUUCUGCCAGUCCCUCGACAAAGGCACCCUUGGCUUUGCCUCCAUCAUGAACAUCAAACAAGAUGCCAACCUCGUGGGCCAACAGUUCAGCUGGCUCGGAACCAUUCUGUAUAUGGGUGUUCUCGUUGGAGAGUACCCGACCAAUUUGCUUCUGCAGAAACUCCCCGUCGCAAAAUAUCUCGCCGCCAAUGUUUUCUGCUGGGGCAUUGUAAUUGCAUGCUCGGCUGCCGCCAAGAACUUCACAGCCUUGAUGAUUGUCAGAUUCCUGCUCGGAGUAUUUGAGUCUUGCGUCCAGCCGGCUUUCAUCAUCAUGUUUAUCGGUGGCAUCAUCGCCUGGGGAGCCUCUCACUACAAUGGUCAUGAGAUCAAGUCAUGGCAGCUUUUGUUCCUCGUCCUUGGCGUGGCGACCUGCGCCUGGGGCCUCUUCAUCGGCUGGUGGCUGCCCGACUCGCCCAUGGCGGCCAAGUGCUUCAACGAGGACCAGAAGCGCCUCAUGGUUGAGCGUGUGCGGGCCAACGAGACGGGCAUUCAGAACAAGACGUACAAGCGCUACCAGAUGAUCGAGACCGUCACCGACCCCGUCGUGUGGUGCUACGUCAUGCUUCAGGUCACUUCCACCCUCAUCAUUGGCGGGCUUGGCGUCUUCUCCAACCUCAUCAUCUCCUCGUUCGGAUUCACGUACCUGCAGACGCAGCUCUUGAACAUUGCACAGGGUGCCGUCACCAUCAUUGUCAUGGUUGGCAGCGCGACCUUGGCUACUUGGUCGAGGCAGACUGCCUGGGUCAUGCAUGGAUGCACAAUUCCCGCCAUCAUCGGCACAGCCAUCAUCUACAGCAUCCCACCCAGCACUAGCAAUCGCAUCGGUCUCCUCAUCGCCUUCUACUGCACCCAAUUCUACCUGGCCGAGGGCAACCUCAUCUUCUCCCUCAUCUCGCGCAACGUCGCGGGCCAGACCAAGAAGUCGACGACGCUGGCCAUGACCUUCAUCGGCUGGGCCGCGGGUAACAUGACGGCGCCCCAAAUCUUCCAGGCCGCCGACGCCCCCCGCUACCGCAAGGGCUUCACGGCUCAUUUCUGCCUCUACGUCCUCUUCAACAUCUUCCUCGUCCUCCUGCGCUUCCUCCUCGUCCGUCGCAAUAUGGCCAAGCGCAAGGCCGCUGCUGCCGCGGACCCGGCGAGCAUGGCGGCCGAGGAAGUUGAACAGGACGUCGGCAAGGCCGGGGCUGUCGGGGCUAGUGACGAGAAAAUUGAGCACUCGAACGCGUUUGCUGAUAUGACGGAUAAGGAGAACCCUGACUUCAGAUAUGACUUCUGA